AACUGUUCUCCACUCCCUCUUUUAAAAGUCUUGUCUGAAGCCUUUCAGUGGCCACGAGCGACGGAGCGAGAGAGAGAGAAAGAUUUCUGAAUUGAUAAGCUUAAGUCAUCAUCAUGGCAAGGAACAAGGGUGAUGGGCAUCCUACUUCAGGGUCACGUGGAGCUACUGGAGGCAUAGGGUUCCAACGCUCAGUGGAGACAGCCUCAUCAUCACAACCUGCAGGCAGAGGAUUUCAAGGGAGAAGGGGUCGGGUCCGUCGGGGUCCAUUGGGCCAAGGUGGUCAUCGGGGAGGUGGUGGGCAGGGAUAUCAUCAGGGGCAUGGUAGAUACCGAUCACGUGGUGAGGUUGCCUCUCAGCAAUUUGAUGAAUUUAUCCCUCAGCCUCCAAUUAUUGGAUCUCAGCCACAGACAGGCCUGCUGGCUCAACAUUCAGGAAAUUCAGAAGUUGUCGGUCCAAUCAGAAGGAGCAUCUACUCAAGCACUUGUGGACCCUGUUCCAUCAGGUGAAUCUGUGGAGUUCCCACUGCGCCCUGGCAAGGGUAAAUUAGGGAUGAAGUGCAUGGUGAAAGCAAAUCAUUUCUUAGUACAGCUAUCUGUUAAAGACCUUCAUCAAUAUCGUGUUUCGUUGAAGCCUGAAAUUACUUCUGUGAGUCUUAACCAAGCUGUGAUGAAAGAGUUGGUGAAACUAUAUGAACAUUCCCAUUUGGGAGGCUUGAUGCCUGCUUUUGACGGUCAACAUAGUCUUUAUACAGCUGGUCCACUUCCAUUUACUUCAAAAGAGUUUGAGAUCAUACUGAGAAAUGAGGAUGAUGAAAGUGGAGGAGGUUCCAGACGAGAAAGGAAAUUUAAGGUUCUGAUUAACUUUGCUGCAUGUGUUGAUGUGCAUCAUUUAAUAAAAGGGAAGCAUGGUAAUGUGUCUCAAGAGGUUCUUCAGGCACUAGAUGUUGUUCUGCGCCAGACACCUAUGAACAAGUAUACUCCCUUGAGGCGAUCAUUUUAUUCUGAUGAAUUAGGAAGACAAGAAAUUGAUAAUGGUUUGGAAGCUUGGUGUGGUUUCUACCAGAGUUUAAGAUCAACUGAGAUGGGGUUAUCACUAAAUAUUGACAUGUCAGCUUCUGUUUUUGUCAAGGAUUUGCCUGUUGUUGAUUUUGUGCAUCAGACAUUGAACAAGAAUCCCUCAACUAGACCGUUAUCUGAUGCUGACCGUCUGAAGAUCAAGAAGGCUCUUAUAGGUUUGAAAAUUGAAGUUACACAUAGAGGGAACAUUCGCAGGAGAUAUCGCAUAUCUGGUAUAACAUCAGAGUCCACUACAGAACUUAGUUUCCCAUUUGGCGACACUGGCACCCCUAAAUAUGUUGUUCAGUAUUUCAAAGAGACCUACAAUGUGAUCCUUGAACAUACUUCACUUCCUUGUUUGCAAGUGGGGAGUAAUGAGAAGCCAAUUUAUCUGCCAAUGGAGUUUUGCAAGAUUGUUCGUGGGCAGAAUUAUAAAAAGAAAUUGAAUGAUAACCAAAUUUCCAAUAUGGUAGGGUUCAACUGCAAAAGUCCCAUUGAUCGAGAGGAAGAUAUUUUGAAGACAGGUCAUCUUUAUCGGCAAGACAUAUAUGCUAUGGAGUUUGGUAUGAAAAUCAGUGAUAAUCUUGCUUCAGUUCAAGCACAUGUGUUGCCUGCACCCAGACUUAAAUAUCAUGACAGUGGGAGUGAGAAGACUUGUAAGCCACAAGUGGGGCAGUGGAACAUGAUGAACAAGAAAAUGGUUGAUGGAGGUACUGUGAACACUUGGACAUGCAUAAAUUUUGCAGACAAUGUGUCAGAUCCCAUUGCUUGUGAAUUUUGCAAUGCACUUGGACGAAUGUGUCAUGUUUCAGGCAUGAAAUUUAAUAUUGAACCAAUACUUCCACCAAGAAAGGUACCUCAAGAAGUGGACACAGCUUUAGAAAAUUUAUACCAAGAUGCAAUGUCUGUGCUCAAGCCUUGUGGAAAAGAACUUGAUCUGCUGAUUGCUAUUUUGCCUGACAAUAAUGGUGCUCUUUAUGGGGAAUUCAAGCGAAAGUGUGACACCAAACUUGGUAUGAUAUCACAGUGUUGUUUAGCUAAGAACGUAAGUAAACCACAUAAACAAUAUCUGGCAAAUGUUGCCCUGAAGAUAAAUGCAAAGGUUGGUGGAAGAAACACAGUGCUCGAGGAUAUAGUAAAUCGGUGCAUGCCUAUGGUUAGUGACAAACCUACAAUAAUUUUUGGUGCUGAUGUAACACAUCCCAGUCCAGGGGAUUUAAGAAGCCCUUCUAUUGCUGCGGUUGUUGCUUCACAAGAUUGGCCAGAGGUAACAAAAUAUGCUUGCUUAUUUUCUGCUCAAGCUAGUCGUGUAGAAAUGAUCCAGGAUCUGUACACAGAAUGUAAAGAUCCAUUACAUGGAAAGAAGAUAUGUGGUGGAAUGAUACGAGAACAUCUUUUGUCUUAUAUAGCCAAUAAUAAGCGUAAGCCUGAAAGGAUUAUAUUCUACAGGGAUGGUGUUAGUGAAGGCCAAUUUCAUCACGUCUUGCAGCAUGAACUGAGAGCAAUUAAGCAGGCAUGGAUCUCUCUUGCGCCUGAGUCUUCUGCACCUCCAAUAACAUUUGUUGUGGUCCAAAAACGUCAUCACACAAGGUUGUUUCCUUACAACCAUAAUGAUUUUAGAUCAGUGGAUCAGAAGAGUGGGAAUGUUAUACCUGGAACUGUGGUGGAUUCUGAUAUUUGCCAUCAUUCACAGUUUGACUUCUUUUUGUUAAGCCAUAGAGGCAUCAAGGGAACAAGCCGUCCAACUCAUUAUCAUGUUUUAUGGGAUGAGAACAAAUUCAAAGCAGAUCAACUCCAGACUCUGACCAACAAUCUUUGUUACAUAUACUCAAGAUGCACUCGUUCCGUUUCAUAUGUGGCACCAGCAUAUUACGCUCAUUUGGCUGCUUUUCGUGCACGCUUUUACUUGGGUCAUGAUUCAUCAUCGGAUGCUAGCUCAGCAGACUAUACCCAGGCUGCAGAUAUCCCCGUUAGACAACUCCCAACCUUGGCUCAGAAUCUGAAGAAGACCAUGUUCUAUAUUUGAAGGUUCUACUUCACGAGAAACCAAGGGAUUUAUCCCUUGUCAUUUUCUAGUAUGGGCUUUCUAAAUAAGGAUUGAAUCCUUUAUGAUCAGACACUUUGUUUGGUGGUUUGUAUUGUUGUUACUGUGAGUUAACUGUUAACAAUGGCAUUCUUGUGCUUUCUAUUAUUGCUAAUGUUUUCUGCUAUUAUCAACUACUUGAUGCUGUUACUGAUAGAAGUAGCAUGUGUACGUUGCAUGAUGUGGUGGCUUUGUUCAGAAUUACAGCUGGGAGGGUGACUUGCUUUCAUUGGCCAAAAAAGCUUACCCUUUUUUAGGUGGUGUUUGGCUUGGUCUGCUUUUGCGUAUCAUUCUCAUUCCUACUCGUUGGAAAUGUAAAACAUUGUGGUUAUGAACCACAAAUUUUGUGGAAUACAGUUCAUAGUGCUCUAUAAAAAGUGUAUUCCGUUGAA